CCAAAUAGUCCCACGAUAGACUUUCUCCGUCGCCUGUGUCCGCAAGUCACAACCACGCGGCGGCCCUCCGUGAAAUUAGAGUUCUCAUGCACGACCGUGCAUCCGCGGAUCUCGCCAGGCGGGAUGAUCGAAGUCCUGUGCCAAUCAUUGGAUGGGCUGGCAAGCCAAACUUUGAGGAUCCAAGAGGCGUGUUUUGGAAGAGAAACCGUGUGGGAAGUGAGAAAUGAUGUGCAUGCCAGGCUGAUUGAAGACCUGGCCGGGGGCUCGUUCCUGGAUUGUCGUACGAUUUCGAUCUUUGCUUCGUACCCGUGUGCUACUCAGCUGUCGGCAUUACUAUCGAAAGAGUUGGAGAACAAGGGUGGCAGUACGAUAAGGCUGAAGAGCUAAGAGCUGGGAUCUUGUGAAAUACAAGCGAGACGGUAUGGCGCAGGACUACACUCCGGCUAUGGUGCCGACACCAGGUCAGGUUGUCAGUGUUGUGCUGCAGAUGAGUACUUUUGGUGUGCUGUGUAUAUGCUUCACAAGACGCACAUCAUGGCUCAAGAACUGGCGAUCCAUCCCUCUGGCCAUCUGGCUCAUCCUGUUGAUAUACAUCGACUCCACGCUUUUUGUCCUCGCAACCUCCAUCAUCGUCCACGGCCUGGGAAUCAACUCCUCGCGCGGCGUCUGCGAAGGCGGCAUCCUCUUGUGUCUGGUGUGCUACAUGACUACCAAGAUCCUGAUUUACUACUUCCUUGUGGAGCGAGCGUACAUCGUGCGCGGAUCGCGUAAACCGCGUCUGAAGACGAAGCUGUGGCUGUUCAACUGCGUGUUCAUGAUGCUCCCGUACACAAUCUUCGUCAUCAUGAACUUUGUCUGGCGGAUUACGUACAUCAACGAGAAGGGCGUGUGUAUCAUCGGUAUGCAGAAGAUUGCCAUGCUGCCGCUGAUCACGUUCGAGGUUAUUGUCAACAUCUACCUCACACUCCUCUUCAUUCUGCCUUUACGCAAACUCUACUCCUACCGCCACUCCACCAACCCAAAGCUAAACCGGAUGGCCUUCCGCUCCCUCAUCGGCUCUCUCGCCACCCUCACAACAUCCGUCGCCAACCUAACCGUGCUCAUGAUCCUGCGUGGCGAGCCCGGCUGGAUAUGCCUAAUGUGCUGCAACGCCGACAUUCUCUUCUGCGUGCUCGUUCUGCACUGGGUGACGUCCAAGGAUAAGCCGAGCUCGUACAUGAGCACGCAUGCGAGUCGGAAUAACACCUUGGAUGAGGCUAAGCGCGUAAAAACGCCCAUGCGUCAGAGUGUGGUUGUCGCACCUGAGAAGGUUGGGUCGAGGAACGACAAGGACGAAAUCGUCGAGUGCAUACUCGAGCGCCAACAAACAGACCUGCCCAUCUGGCCAUACGAACAAUCCAACUCCCCAACCUCUCCCGUCGCAGCGAAACUGCCUGGGAGCGUGACGACGGAGAUACGCAGCAGCGUUCCCCACUCAACAACGAGGAGUAAGAGCCGCAACGGCCGCGUACUGCAUAAGAGCAGGGACGAUGGGAGUGAGUGCGGAGACGAGGUGGAGUUGCAUAAGAUCCAUGUGCAGAGGGUAGUGUGUGUUGAUACUGAGAGCAGUGAGGGGAGUGAGAGUGGGUAUGGAAGGGGUUUGAGGAGUUCGAGUGUAGAGGAUGCGUGGGGGAUGAAGAGGAGUGUGAGUGCUGAGAAGAUGGUUUAGCUUGUACGAAGGGCUUGCAUCAGGUUGGCGUUUUGAGUCUGAAUUCAUGAACGUAAUGGUACUGGGUAGCUUGCAAAAGCUAUAGUGGGAGGAGAUACCUGUAUAGAUAUGUCACCAUGUCGAAAUAACCGCGUUGCUGUCUGCUUGA